AUGCGCCGAGGACCGAGGCUCCGGCUGCGGGACCCGGCGCCAUGUCUUUCCGCGACCUCCGCAACUUUACGGAGAUGAUGAGAGCCCUGGGAUAUCCUCGACAUAUUUCUAUGGAAAAUUUCCGCACACCAAAUUUUGGGCUUGUUUCUGAAGUGCUGCUCUGGCUUGUGAAAAGGUACGAGCCGCAGACGGACAUCCCUUCUGAUGUUGAGACGGAGCAAGACCGAGUUUUCUUCAUUAAGGCCAUUGCUCAGUUUAUGGCCACCAAGGCACAUAUCAAACUCAAUACUAAGAAACUGUAUCAAGCUGAUGGCUAUGCGGUGAAAGAGCUUCUGAAAGUCACCUCUGUCCUGUACAAUGCCAUGAAGAGCAAAGGAGUGCCAGGCUCUGGCCUUGGAGAGGAAGAUAUCAGCAAAUUCAAGUUUGACCUGGGCUCAAAGAUCGCAGAUUUGAAAGCCGCCCGGCAGCUUGCGUCUGAAAUCACGUCCAAGGGAGCAUCUCUGUACGACCUCCUGGGCAAGGAAGUUGAGCUGAGGGAAUUGAGAACAGAAGCAAUCGCUAGACCUCUAGAAAUAAAUGAAACUGAAAAGGUGAUGAGAAUUGCAAUCAAAGAUAUUUUGGCACAAGUUCAAAAGACAAAAGACCUGCUCAACAAUGUGGCCUCGGAUGAAGCCAACUUAGAAGCCAAAAUUGAAAAGAAGAAACUAGAGCUAGAGAGAAAUCGGAAACGGCUCCAGACACUGCAAAGUGUCAGGCCAGCCUUUAUGGAUGAAUAUGAGAAGAUCGAGGAGGAGUUGCAAAAGCAGUAUGACAUUUAUCUGGAGAAGUUUCGCAAUUUGACUUAUCUGGAACAGCAGCUUGAGGAUCACCACAGGUUGGAGCAGGAGAGGUUCGAGGAAGCUGAAAACACUCUCCGUUUGAUGCAGAACAAGCUUAAGGAAGAGGAGAAGCGUCUUCUCAAGAGUGGAAGUAACGACGACUCAGACACUGACGCCCAAGAGAAUGAUGAAUCUGACAGUGAGCUGGAAGAGAGGCGGCUGUCCAAGCCACGGACGGCUAUGGAGAUGUUCAUGCAAGGAAGAACUAACAAGCACGUCGUGGGCACUAUGCAGGGUGGAGACUCGGAUGAUGAUGCGGGAGCAGAACCAGCUCUCUUAGGUAAAUCCAAGAGUUCCGGCUCCAACAAGCAGGAAGAGUUGGAGGACAGUGAAAUUGACAUGGAAGAUGAAGAUGAAGAUGAUGAUUUGGAAGAUGAAAGCAUUGUUAUCACCCCAUCGAAGCCCAGUCGAAGGGUCCAGAAGCCUGAGCCCCUGGAUGAGAGUGACAAUGACUUCUGAUUCAAACCCUCCCCUCAGAUAUAUAGGUAAAAGGGACCCAUAGGAGGUUAGGAAGAAAGUGUUUUGUUGAUGGAGCCAGCCAGACUCAAUGAAGUGAUUUCUCCUUCAA